AAAAGAAAAAGUGAAAGUAGGGGUAAAUCCGUCAAUUCAUGUUAUAUUUGGGCCCAACGGCCCAAUACCAGACCAACCCAACGUCUGGGAACCACCACAUGACCAACAUAAUGCCCAAUUCAACCACUCUGCUAUUCCAACGGUAACUUAUCACUGUCUUCUUCCUCCUCUCUCCCUUCCCUCUGCAUUUCUCCACACCAUUAAAGACAGAUUCGAGCUUUUCAGCUGAACCAGAGCUCAGAAGAAGAACAUCCCAAAUGAAUAUGCGGCCUUGGGAAGACGACGAGGAGAAGGAGAGACUGAUCAAAGUGGUGGAGUAUUUGGAGCCAUUGAUGUCCAAAGAGCUUCUCUGCAAAUUCCCAGACAACUCCGCCUUUGAUUUUGAUUACUCUCAGAGCACCAUUUGGUCCCCUUUGGUCCCUCGGCCUUACCAUUCCAUGGAUUUGGAUUUGAUUACCCCCAUCAAGCUUCCUUCCGAUUCGGAAAUGGCUGCGUCGUCGACGACGGUGGAGAAGAACAGCUUGAAGAAAGCUACCUCCAACCUCAAGAAGAAGCUUCUCUCCAAUGGCGUCAGUAUCCGUUUCGGGAUCUCGAAAAGCAACAGGAAGAUGAAGAAGAUGAAGAACAAGAAAAUGGCGGCUGAUUUCUCCCCCAAGCCUCUGCAAGCUGCUGCUUGCUACCCACAUAACAAAAAGGCAUGGAGCAAGCUGCUGAAAGCAGCCACCAAGCAUUUCAAGAAGAAGAAGAAGGAUCCUGCAUCUCAAAUGAAACUCUAUUUCUAAAGCAAUGAUUCAUAGAAUCAUCAUUUUACAGUGUUCUUAUUUCAUUUCCUCUGUUUUUUGAAGAACAGAAUAUGUGUAAUUAACUUUAUUCCAUAGAUUUGUUCCAUAGAUUCUCAUGAAAAAGCAGACCCAUAAACAAAGAGAUUCAUGGGAUCAGAUUAAGCCAACAUGAUAUCAAUCAAAUUCUGAAAUGAAAUGUAAGAGGAACCA